AUGGAGUUGGAUCUUACACCUAAGCUGCCGAACAAGGUUCACGGAGGUGAUGGAGGAUCUUACUCUGCUUGGUUCCCAGAGGAGUUGCCGAUGCUGAAAGAGGGUAACAUUGGAGCCUCAAAGCUUGCUCUUGCGCAGCAUGGUUUCGCUGUUCCUAGCUACUCUGAUUCCCCUAAAGUCGCAUACGUUCUUCAAGGAUCUGGAACGGCCGGGAUUGUCCUCCCUGAGAAGGAAGAGAAGGUGAUUGCAAUCAAGAAAGGUGAUUCGAUUGCUAUUCCUUUUGGUGUUGUGACGUGGUGGUUCAACAAUGAGGAAGCCGAGCUCGUUAUCCUCUUCCUCGGUGAAACCCACAAGGCUCACAAAGCAGGACAGUUCACCGACUUCUACCUCACCGGCUCAAACGGCAUCUUCACCGGUUUCUCAACUGAGUUUGUUGGCAGAGCUUGGGACCUUGAUGAGAGCACCGUGAAGACACUCGUCGGUUCUCAAACCGGGAAGGGUAUUGUGAAGCUCGACGCGAGCUUUAAGAUGCCAGAGCCCAAGAAGGAGGACCGUGAGGGGUUUGUCUUGAAUUGCUUGGAGGCUCCUCUCGAUGUAGACAUCAAGGGUGGAGGCAGAGUUGUUGUUCUCAACACCAAGAACCUUCCUUUGGUUGGUGAAGUUGGAUUUGGAGCUGAUCUUGUUCAGAUUGAUGGACAUUCCAUGUGCUCGCCUGGUUUCUCUUGUGACUCGGCUCUUCAGGUGACUUACAUUGUUGGUGGGAGUGGAAGAGUCCAGGUGGUUGGAGCUGAUGGGAAAAGAGUUCUUGAGACUCAUAUCAAAGCUGGUUCUCUUUUCAUUGUUCCGAGGUUCUUUGUGGUUUCAAAGAUUGCUGAUUCUGAAGGCAUGUCUUGGUUCUCCAUUGUCACUACUCCUGAUCCCAUUUUCACACAUUUGGCCGGAAGGACAUCAGUGUGGAAGGCUUUGUCGCCUGAGGUUUUGCAGGCGGCGUUCAAGGUGGAUCCGGAGGUGGAGAAUUCUUUCCGUUCAAAGAGGACUUCAGACGCCAUUUUCUUCCCUCCUUCCAACUAA